CAUAUCAACUUUUCCCACCUAAAUUUCAACUCAGAAGGGGUACCAUGGCCCCGUCACAUUAUGGGUCACCAAAACUGAGCCUUAGCCGAGUUCGUGUCCGCUCACCGUCUCUCCGGCGGAAAUCAGCCACGAAUUGCUUCGAAAACGACCAGCAAACGGUGGAGUUCUUAGGCGGCGGGGAGACGGAUAAGAUCGUAAACAACGAAGGUGGCAAUAAGGUAAUGGUGGUGGUUGGUUCGAGUCUGAAAGCUAGAGGAGCGCUUGACUGGGCAUUGUCUUACGCCAUUCGAGAUGAUCGAGAUUCCAUUCUUCUUCUUCAUGUAGCCGACCCCAGAAAAACAGAGUCGUCUAACAGGAAGCGUAAUGCAAGGAUAUAUGAAUUGCUUCACGCCAUGAAAAAUAUUUGUCAAACGAAGAAGCCAGGGGUUAAAGUUGAGGUAGCUAAAGUGGAGGGAAAGGAGAAGGGUCCGGCAAUUGUGGAGGCAGCAAAGCAACGGAAAGUAUCAGUUUUGGUGUUAGGGCAAAGGAAGAGAUCGGUGAUAUGGAGUUUAAUAAGGAGGAGAUGGGGAGCAAAGAGGGGCAGCAGCGGCGGAGUUAUGGAUUAUUGCAUCGAAAACGCUUCUUCGUGGUGCAUGACGGUGGCCGUGAGGAAGAAGAGCGACCAACUUGGUGGCUACUUGAUCACCACGAAACUUCACAAGAACUUCUGGCUUUUGGCUUGAAUUAAAUCAG